CGCCACAAUAUGUAAUGCAACAAGAUUCUCCUGGUUCUCAGCUAUCUGGAUAUGAACAAAGAACACAUUCAACACCAUUAAGUGGAUAUACACAGUCACAAAAUCAGAAUCAACAGCAAGAAGUCUCCGGUACCUCAGACGAGUUAACAUCUCAGGAACCAUCUGCGGGCACCACCACACCCACUAGCAGUGCGUCGCCCGCAGUACCCAGCACAACGUCUAACAGCACCAGCAGCAACAAUAUUCGCUGUACAACACCUGGUUUAAGAACCCGUGCGACUCCACCAACAUCUCAAAGUCAGGGACAGUCACCUCUAAGGCCAGCACCUUCACCUACUGGUUCAUCCAUCUCUCCAUCCAUUUCACCAGCCAUUGGUCAACAGCAGAACAUUCCCAUGCCCCCAAGGCCUGCAUCAAGCCAGUCAGAUUCUAAUGCACAAAACCAGAUGAAUCAAUCUUCAAUGGCAGCACAGGGUUAUAGUCAGCCAAUGGCUCCACCAACAAUGUAUGGAAACAAAAUGCAUCAGGGCAUGAUGGGAUCCCAAAUGGGUUCUUAUUCACCCAGAUCUGCUGGACAUUAUUCUCCAGGCAACUACCAUUGUACUCAGGGAACUCUUGGCAUGCAGAAUUAUGGCUCACCAAAUCAGAACAGUACUUAUGGUGGAAAUGUUAGUGGAUAUUCUGUAGUAGGUAGAAUGAGUGGACAAACAUCUGUGACUGGUACACAGGGUUACAAUGCUGGUCCUGGUACAACUAGCAGUUAUAUGAAUUCUCAGUAUGGAAGCACUGGCCCUCCUUCUAGUACAGGUUAUGGGAUGAAUAAUAUGAUGCCUCCUCCAGCACAGUAUCCUAAGGGAAGUACUGGUCCACCAGGUGCUGCACAAGCAGCAGCCCAGGCUGCAGUAAUAGCAGCUGCAAGUUCUGCUACUAUGAGAUCUCCAGUAUAUUUAAGACAGCAUUUACAGCAAAAAAUGUAUGGUGGUAAUUAUGGCAAUAUGCAAUCUCAAGCAGGCACUCAAGGAUUUAUAGCAGGAGGUGCAAUGACUGGAGCUGCAGGUCCUCCCACAGUUAUGCCAGAAUCAUCUCCAAUGCCUCCACCAGCAGCAAGUACGCCAUCUGCACAACCGUUAAGUCAAAUUUCUGCCAUGCCUCCCACUUCAAUGGGACUUGGUAAUGUCUCUAAUUGUGACAAUGCAUCAAACUCAGCAUCAGUUGGGGCACAAGGAUUCACACAAACUUCUGCUCCUUCCACAGGUUCUCCACCCACAACAGUUACACAGAGUAUUGGCAGCCCUUUAUCCACUGUGCCAAUGACUGUUUCAAGUCCCUCAGAGCAUUCCUUAGGAACUCAUUCACUUUCGGGUCAUCAGCAAACACAGUCAUCUCAAUCUCAAGGUAGAGCACAUGUUGUUGGACAUCCACAGCCACCACCUAUUAUGGAUGAAGGCAGUCAAGCCUCCAAUUUGUCUGCUUCAUCUUCACUACCUGAUGAACAUGGUGAUACUUCUAAAGGUGGGAAAACAGUAAUGUCUCAUCCACCAACACCAAAUGCUCUUCCAUCCCCUGGAGCUGCAUCUAUGUCUUCUUUUCAUGACGAAUUUGAUAGUGUGUCCAGUCCUAGCUGGCCACGUACUCCAGCAAGUCCUGUUGUGAACAGCCAGGGUCAUGAUCAUCAUCCAAUUAAGAGACCUGAUGGGAUGUUGAAGCUAUAUGACAUGUCUGAUGAACCCGAACGUAGAAUUUUUCUUGAUAAAUUAAUUAUGUAUAAUGAGGAACGAGGGAAUGUAAUAAGUCAGUGCCCUACUAUCAGCAAACAGCCUCUUGAUCUCUUUCGUCUUUAUAUUUGUGUUAAAGAACGAGGAGGCUUUGUUGAUGUAACCAAAGCAAAACAGUGGAAAGAUGUUGCCGGUGCUCUGGGUAUAGGUGCCUCAUCUAGUGCUGCGUAUACUCUUAGAAAACAAUACAUUAAACAUUUACUUCCAUUUGAAUGCAAAUUUGAUAGAGGAGGUAUUGAUCCUCAACCUAUCAUUAGUCAAGUUGAAGCAUCUUCACGUAAAAAGUCUAAAGGUAAUAAUGGUCAAGAACCAUAUUCACAGACAGGUUCUAAUCAAAUGAUGGAAAAUUAUCCAUCUUCAGGUUUUGGUAGCCCUUAUCCUGCUCAAAGUUCGCAUGGUGGACCAGGAAUGAUGGCUAAUGCUGAUUAUCCAUCAACAACAAUUGGUCACCCAUCUUAUCCUGAUAAUUUACACCAUGGAGGAUCAGUAACAAAUCAUUUACCUAGUGACAAUAGUAUGGAUCCAUAUAGUGAUGAACUUCAGUCCAAUCAGUAUCAGAGACCUCCAGCUGAUAGUUAUGGUUAUAAUCAAGCUUCUGUACCUUAUCCCAACAGUCAGUCUAGUAUGAGUGGUGGAACAUAUGGAUAUACAGGAUCCUCCCUUCCUCAGCAUGAACAGUAUGGGGACCAAUAUUCUUCCCACCCGUCUAAUAUGAUGUCUUCCUCCAAUGGUAAUUAUGGGAGUAGAAAUAUGAUACAAGAUCCUUAUGGACAACCUCCUGGCAGUUUUCCACCUAAUCGUACUGUUGGACAGCAUACUGGUUCAUCUCAAUAUCCUUAUCAAGGACAUUGUGAACAAGAAAGGUAUGAUCAAACUCAAGCCACUACUAUUCAGCCUCCUUCACAAACAAGUGGAAUGAUUCCUUCUAAUUCAGACCACACCAAUUAUCCACCUCAGCGUUAUCCUGGUAGUCAAGCUAUUCCUCCAUCUAAUAAUGCUUAUCAGAAUAGAACCACAGGGCAAUAUCCCAAUAAUCAAUCUACUUACACAAUGUGCCAACAAGAUACCUAUCGAAAUCCUGAUGUUCCAACCAAUUUUCAGAAUCAGACGGUUUGUCUCCAGAGUGUUUUAGCACAAAGGCUGUUUCCAAAGAUGUCACAGAAUAUUCAAGUAAGUAAUAGUUUAUAUUUCAUAAAUUCAUAUAAAGUUAAAUGUAAGAUUGUGGAAUUUGAAUUAUGUUUAAAAAAUUCCCAAAUAAUUUCAUUUGCUCUAUUUGCCAUGGAUAAACAAGUUUUUACUUUUUCACCAAAAUGUACUUUUUGGCACUUAGAUCAUUUAGCUUUGCCAGAAUACAAAUAUACUUAUAUAAGAAAAUUUAUUAUUUUAACAGAUCGAAAUCAAUAUUCCUAUCGACCUACACAUAAUAUGUCACUAGCUCCAAGUUCUGGACCCCAGCAAGGAUGGCCAAGAGAUAGUCAAUAUCGACAAUAUCCUAAUUCUGUUAGUCAAAAUCAGUAUCACCCUGGACAACGAGAUGGAUGGGAUGCAUCAAGACAUGGAGAAGGACCUCCCAUUAGUCAUAAUAAUUGGCCAGUAUCUUAUGGAAGUCAACAAGAUUCAUAUUCACCUCAUAUGGGAAAUGUACCUUUAUCUAUAGCGGGCAAAAUGCCUUAUGGUAGAGAAAGGGUAUAUAUUCCACCAAAUAAGAUGUCUCAACAUCCCAAUAUGAGUAUGCCUCAUCAGUAUAUGUCUCAUCAAUCCCGUAGAGAGAUUAUAUUUCCAUCUGGUACUGUAGAAUCUAUAAGUCCAAUUCUUACAAAACGUAGGCGUUUAACUUCAAAGGAUGUUAGUCCUUUAGAAGCUUGGAGAUUGAUGAUGGCAUUGAAAUCAGGAUUAUUAGCAGAAACUACUUGGGCUCUUGAUGUUUUAUCAGUGUUGUUGUAUGAUGAUAAUACUGUGUUGUAUUUUGGACUUAAUCAUCUUCCUGGUUUGUUAGAAACUUUAAUGGAACAUUAUCGUCGGUGCUUGAAUGUGAUAUUUGGUUUAGUAGAAGACUUAGAUAUUGGACAAUCUAGUUUACUUGAAAAAUUUCAAAAAGCUAAAUUUCAGGAUAACUCUAUAGAAAAGAAAGAAGAAAAACCAAGAUCAAAGAAAAAGUGGUUUGAAGUUAAAUCAGAUCUGCCUCAAGAAAAUAAUAUCAGUGAAAAGUUAUUUACUCCUAUGAAAAUUAAUCCACAAGAUAAAAUAUUAUUGCUUGAGACAAAAAAUUAUACCAAAAGAACGCGGUGUGGAAAAAUUGUAAGGACAAAAUAUGAUGAAUCUCUCUUCUUAUUUGAUCCAGAUAAAGAAUGGGAUGUGUAUGAAGGUUUUAACAGUGGAGCAGAACAUUGGAAAAUAGGUGGUGGUGAAAUGAUUCUUCAUAUUCAGACUCAUUUUGAAAAUUCAGAUAAUUGUUUAAGAUUUGUACGUGUCAUGGAAGAUUUAGUCAAAGAUAAAAAUGGUGAUGAAGCUGAAACAUCUGAAACAAAAACUUUCAAUACAAUUUUAAACUGUGCUAAGGAACCAGUUGUUGUUCUAGAUAGAUUAUGUUGUAAAGAAAAUUCUGAAUCUUUAUCUGAUCAAAAAUCAGAGUUUCCCUCUAGUGAGCAAUCAAAGCAACUUAAUGAAACACCUGUGAUUUCAGAAGUGAUAAAAGAACAAACUGAAAAUAUAACUGAACAGAAGGAAGAUUCAGUAGUGCAUCCCAUAAAAGAAGAAAUUACUUAUCCUUAUAUAAGAGAACCAGCUCCAAAAAAGAGAAAGCAUUUAGAAGAUUUAGAAGAAGAAGCUUAUAAUCGUGAUGAACCAUCACUUUGUGUGAUAACUGAGAAACAAAAUUCUUUAAUGCAGCGUUGUCUGUGUAUUUCUUCUCUUUUGCGUAACUUGUCAUUUGUUCCAGGUAAUGAUAAUGAAAUGUCGAAGCAUGCAAAUUUCUUAAUAGUAAUGGGGCGACUCUUGCAACUUCAUCAUACUCAUGUUUCACGUCGUCCGUCUCAAAGACAUUAUGACAAGGAAGAUGAUGCUGAUAAUUCUUGUAAUACAGAUUCUUGUAGUAGUCUAACAAGUGAUGAGGAGUGGUGGUGGGACGUAAUGCAUUUAUUAAGAGAAAAUACUCUUGUUACCUUAGCAAAUAUUACUGGCCAGAUGGAUCUUGGUCCUUAUCCAGAAGAGAUUAGUUUACCUUUAUUUGAUGGUUUACUUCAUUGGGCUGUUUGUCCCUCAUCAUAUGCCCAAGAUCCACUUCCCACUCAGCCACCCUACUCCGUCCUAUCACCCUUGAGGCUAUCUCUGGAAGCUCUUUGUAAGUUGUCAACUUUGGAUAGUAAUGUGGAUUUGCUUUUAGCUACACCACCCUGGUCAAGAAUUGAACAGUUGUUUGGACUCCUUGUCCGAUUAUUAAAUCGCUGUGAAGAACAGGUGUUAAGAGAAUUUGCUGUAGUAUUGCUGUCAAAUUUAGCACGAGCUGAUAAUACUGCAGCUAGAUCUAUUCUUCUUCAAGGUUCUUGCAUACCUCAUUUGAUUACUUUUGUUGAGCAAGCAGAACAAAGUGCAUUACAAGUAGCCAAUUCUCAAGGUAUUAAUGCACUAAGAGAAAAUCCUGAGUUAAUGGGUACUACAUUAGACAUGGUGCGACGAGCAGCUAGCACUUUAAGAUGUUUAGCACGGGUACCAGAAAAUCGCACAUAUUUUCUUCAGCAUCAGCAACGUCUCCUUGCUCUAGUAAUGUCUCAAAUUCUGGACCAAGGAGUAGCUUCAAUUAUGGCCGAUGUUCUAUUUGAAUGUUCACAACCAGAAAACGAAUCUGAAUUGUGUAAUGGAACUACUGCAUGAUCUGAUGUAGUAAAUUGAUAGGAUUGAAUAUUUGUGAUCUUAAGUAUGGUUGUGUUACAGCAAAGCAAUCUGAUUUGUGAACUGUCUGAAUAAGGUCAGGUCACUAUCAACAUCCUAUUUUUGGGUGCUGAUUUGUCAUUUAGCGCUGUAUUGGCACAUUUGGCAUAAGUGCAAUGAUUCAUCUAAAAUUACCACAACAUCAACAUGACAAAUAUUUGCAUGUUAUAACUCUGGGAAUGGUGUGAAUUGAUGUGUAGCUGCACUUGUUUGACCCUGUGUGGGACAUAUUUUACCAGUAUUUAUUUUACAUAAUAAGACUGUAUUCAGGCAAAAUACAGAUUUAGUAGAUAUGUAGUGCCUGAAAAGACUGUUCUGUUUACUUUUAACUGUUCACAUUCUGUUACUAUAAAAUAGCAGUUGAUAAACUUGUCUGGGGAAUUGAACUUGAAAGCACUUAAUAGAUUGUGUAAAUUUUGAAAUGAACAAAUGAGCUGCACAAGUUUGUUGUCAAU